UUUUCUUCCAUCUUUCUUCCCGCCGCCCCUUUCUUUUGGCAUCGCUGCAUCCCCGGCCAACCCAUUUGUCCACACGGGCAGGUGUUUUCCCUGCGCCCUUGCCGCCCUAGUGGUGGACACCUCCUUUUCCAGGAAUUCUUCAAAGUCGCUGGUCUUCUCUGCAGGACCUUUGCCAGCCCACGCGGAAAUCGCUUUGUGCUGUUACCUUUACGCGCGCUUGAUGACCCGUUAGGGGAGGCGUGAACCUGGUUGUGGUCCCCCCCCCUUCUCUUGCAUUUGGUUCGUCGUCUCGAAAUCAAAGUUACUUUCCGCGCGUCCGGAAUUCUUUAGACAGCUGUUGCUUCCACAUCCGCACCGAGCUGGGGAAACCUUACGAAGAGGGCGUAAAAAAAAUUCCAGGUUCUUGGAUGUCCCAUAUCCUGGCAGAGAUGAGGGAGUCCCAGUUUAAACUGCCCUGAGCAUGAAUGUCUCAGAAUAUUCAAUGAGGCAGUUGCCUGCAGCUUUAAUCAAUGCUCCCUGUAUUUUGGAUGACUGGAAGAACAUGGCGCAAACUCCUUUGGAUGCUUCUGCGCUCCUGAAGACUGGAGUGCUGAACAAUGCCAACAACAAUGCCUCUUCAGGGCCCUGGAGAGGCCUGAGGAGCCCUUCUCUUUCUGCGGCUGCCUCUCAUUCUAAACUAAGCUAUCUAGAGCGGGUUCUCUUGGAGAUUGUGGAAUCCGAACGCAUGUAUGUGCAGGAUUUACGAAGCAUCAUAGAGAAUUACUUGGGGAAGAUCAUAGAUACUCAGGAGCUGUUAUUGCGGCCAGAACAAGUCAGCGCACUCUUUGGGAACAUUGAAGACAUCUACGAGCUGAACAGUGAACUACUGCAAGAACUGGAUAGUUGCCACAAUGACCCCGUUGCUGUGGCGCAGUGUUUUGUACACAGGAGCCAAGACUUCAACAUCUACACUCAAUACUGCAAUAACUAUCCGAACUCUGUGGCAGCUCUGACUGAAUGUAUGAGGAACAAACAACUGGCCAAAUUCUUUCGGGAAAGGCAGGAACAAAUCCGGCACUCCUUGCCCCUUGGCUCCUACCUUCUCAAGCCUGUCCAGCGCAUUCUCAAAUAUCAUCUGCUUCUCCAGGAGAUAGCAAAGCACUUUGACAGAGAAGGAGAUGGCUAUGAAGUGGUGGAAGAGGCAAUUGCCACCAUGACUUGUGUAGCUUGGUACAUCAAUGACAUGAAGCGGAAGCAUGAACAUGCCGUGCGGCUGCAGGAAAUCCAGUCCUUACUUAUCAACUGGAAGGGCCCAGACCUGACAACUUAUGGUGAGCUUGUCCUAGAGGGCACAUUCCGGGUACAUCGUGUCAGGAACGAGAGAACAUUCUUCCUUUUGGACAAGAUCUUGCUGAUAACUAAGAAACGGGGUGAUCACUACAUAUGCAAGAGUCACAUUCCAUGUUCCUCUCUGAUGCUGAUUGAGAGCACACGCGACUCACUUUGCUUCACGGUCACCCACUACAAGCAUAACAAGCAGCAGUAUAACAUUCAGGCCAAAUCAGGAGAUGAGAAGCGGGUCUGGACUCACCACCUCAAGCGCCUGAUCUUAGAAAAUCACCAUGCCAUAAUCCCUCAGAAAGCCAAAGAAGCCAUCUUGGAAAUGGACUCGUUCUAUCCUCCUCACUUCAAAUACAGCCCUGAGCACUUGAAGAAGUCCUUAUCAUGCCAACAGCCUGAAGAUAUCCUUAAACGGAAUCGGUCUGGACGUCGACAAUCAGAACCAUACUGUGGCAAAACCAGUGCUGAGAAGCUCUUAGAUGGACUCCACAACUCCACAGCUGCGGCAGGUCCUAAAAGUCGCAGAAAAUCGGAGCCAACAAAACAGAUCCUCAAGCAACUGAGUGACAAAGUAGGAUUAAAGCAUGCAGAUAGUGAUGGAGCCCUUCUGGAGUUUGGGGAACCCCCACAGAUCCCCAACAGCUUAUCCCAAGAGGAGGAUCAGCAGACCCUUCCCCAGGAAUCUUCUGAAGAGGUGGCUGAAAGUGAUGGCAGUGAGAAGGAGACAGGGCUCGAGGAAGAGAAUGGAGCUGAGGAGAAGGAAGAGGAAGAAGAAGAAGAAGAAGAAGAGGAGGACGAGGAGGAGGAAGAGGAGGAGGAGGACAGGCUGGUAGGAACGGAGCAGGUGUCAGACUUUGCAAGCUCCUUGAUGGCAGUCCUCCAUUGCUGGCACUAUCGGGCCAAUACUUUGCUUUUCUCCUGGGGCAGCACGGGCAAGGGCCACAAGACACAGGAAGGACCCAGACAAGACCACUCUUCCAGCAUUAGAGAGAGGAUUGUGGAGAUUGUGUCACCUGUGCCUAAGGUUCGAUCACCUAUUGAGCUUGACAAGGUAUUAGACAUUUCUUCACAUAGGGAAGAAUGCCUAGAAGAGAGCCCUCAGCAUCCGGAUCUAGAUCAUCAUGGGCUUCUGGAUCAAGGUUCAGAUAACAUGGAGUCUGCUGCAAAUGUAGAAGAACUGAAGCCUUUGAGCAGUGAGGAGGAAGAGGAGGGAGAGGAUGGUCAUGCACCACAGUCCAGCAGCAUCCUCCCCUUUUCUGUGCUAGAUCAGGCCAGUAUCAUUGCAGAGCGCUUUGCCAGCAGCCUCUCCCGUCGCAAUAGCUUGGUCCACGAGGAAGGGAAGGGCUACCUCACCCCGAAGAUGGCCAGCCGGAGCAGCAGCAUUCUGAGUUUGGAAGGGGGCGAAAAGGCUGAGUGUUGCAGCAACGGCUGCACGACUGUGGACUCUCAGAGUUGCAGCAUCCUGCAAGAGCCCUCUGCUGAACCCUACAACGGUGCCUGCAACGGUGCAGUGCGGCCUGGUCUGGUUGAGUCCGACCAUUCUUCUUGUCGACGGAAGGAAUCGAUGUUGUCCCACCAGGACCGGCUGCUGCUGGACAAGAUCAAGAAUUACUAUGAUUAUGCUGAGCAUCAGGAUGCUAACUUCAGUGUCAAGCGGAGGGAGAGCCUCUCCUUCAUUCCCAAAGGGCUGGUGAGAAAUUCUGUUUUUCGGAUAAACAGUCUUCCCCAGCCAGAGCCUGGGCAGGAGGUGCUGAAGAGGAAGAGACCGGCCCUCUUGGACAAUAGUGUAGCAGGCAAGGCAGCAUCCUUGAUGCUUUCAAACAGGCCCGGUGUUGUACUCCCGCUUCCCCAUUUGGAGACGACCAGUGAGGAAAAUCCAGUGCCUAUCACUGAAGCAGAGUUCAGGCCACCUUGUGAGAUGAUUAAACUAUGGGAGGAGAUGGAGCAACCAAAGAGGACGGAAGACUGUAGGGAGCACAAAGCAAAUGGGGGCCUGGGCCAGACUGAGUCUUAUUUGAAAGCCCGGCUAGGAAAUCAGGAGAAUGGCUUUGACUUUCACGAACCACUUCUUAUCCUGGAGGACGAGGAUCUUGGGGACAUAGUAGAGGAGGAGCCCGUGGUGCCCCCUCCUGAGAACAAGGCUCCUGUGGAGCAGACCAUGCCAUCCAGAUUACCCUGGAAAGCAGCUCAAGAGUUAGGGAGCUGUGAUCAAGACCAGAGUUUCCCUCAGGUGCCCCCUCACAUCAUGCAGCUGGCUCAUCUCACGGAGGCUGAGCUGACAGAGAAAGUGAGGAACAAAGUCUACCAGUUGGCCCGCCAAUACAGCCUCCGAAUUAAGAACCAGAAACCACCCAUGCGUAGGCGACUUGCUGAAGUAGAGGAGGAGAUGCAGAGAAACACCUCCACUGGCCAACAGGGAGUGGUUAAGAGAGAAAAAGGCCAAAAGAAGUCUCCCUUGUGUCUCCCCAACUAUGAACAAAUUGUGCUUCAGGAGGCUAGCUCACGGGGCCUUCUUUCCUCUUCCUCAACAUGUCAGAAGUCCCCUAAGCGCUUCUCUUCCAGCAACAGCUCCGUCAGCCUGUCUUCCCCCACCAGCUCCUACACCCUCUCUCACAGUCCCCUCAGCCCCAUCAUGACUGAGAAAUUCGACUGGCCCGACGUACGGGAGCUGAGGUCCAGAUAUUCCUGUCAGGUGGCGAUUGAGAAAUGCAGACCCCCGCUAGUCAACAGAAGUUGUUCGGCACCUGAGAAAAUGGUAGAUGAUGCUAAGAUGCAGGCAGAAUCCCAGGGCUCAAAGGUGAUUGCAAAAACAGACGUAAAAAGUCAGCAAUGGGACAAACAGAGCUGCAGGAGAAAGUCCUCUCUGGAUUCCAUCCCCAAGGGACUUGUUUGUGAUAGGCCAAAGGAAUUUUGUGUCACAGCAAAGGCAUCACUGGAGAACAACCAGCAUGUGAUUGUGAUAGAGAAGUUGCCUGAGGGGACUAAUGAAGCUAAAGCGGAUGAAAGAGAGCCACAGAUUCUCUCCUCUUCAGACCAAGAGAAGCUUUCUCCCAAAGAGCUGGUGGAGUGGUACAAGUCAUAUCAAGACUCAGAAGAACGUCAAAGACAUGAGGGUGAUGUUCAGGAAGCAUGGUGGGAGAAAACCAGCAGCCAAAACAACCUGGUAAAAAACUUGAGAGAGAAAUUUCAGACCCUUAAUUCUACCAGCUGAACGCCCACAUCUCUUGUUCCCGUGCCAUUAAAUUCUCAAAUCUCCACCUCUUCUUGGAUUACUACUCAGAAUUACUACUUGCCUGUUCCACAUCAUGCUUGAAAUUUCUGGGAAGGUGCAACUGCCUCAAACCGAGGUGUUUUUUUUUUAAACGCUCUCUUUAAAGAUCUGUGAACUUGAACAUGGAUCUGAUAUGCCACUGACACUGCACCAGGCAGGAUUAUUGGGCAGAACUCUUAAUACAUUUAGAAAAAUCAGGGAGCUUCCAGUCAAAGCAGAGACAAUACACAUCAAUCAUCAUUUGAAUAUGUACCUCCCUUCAGGGGGUGGUAUAUUUGGAAAUUUUUGCUUUACAAAGCCAGAGCAAGAUGUACAUUACUCAAUCUCCUAGGAAAAUAAGUUAUUGUUCUUUAAGGUUUUUUUAAAGAAAUUUUACUAUGGCUUUGGUUAAUUCCAGGCCUCUCAGCUUAGGAAUACCCAACCUAAUAGAGUUUGUAUUUGAAUCUAUAUGCAUUGUGCAAUAACCACUUUUGACCAGUGAAUACAGCUUUGACCUCUUCAAUGUUUGCGGGUGGGAUAUAAUUGGGGAAGAUUGCAAUAACUGAUUUUUGUACCACAUUUCCUAUGCACAAAAAAUGCUACAAAGUUGAUUGGCAACUCUUGAAAUCAAUGAUCUCUCCAAGAUGAGCAGUACCAAGGACUGACACUGGUGCAUUAAUCCAUUGGGGUUCUAAGCCAUUUCAAGUCACUUCAUUACUUCAUUUUAGCCCAUCUUCUUAGUAUAAUUUGUCUUGCAUUAAAAUACCUUUUGAGCAAAAGAAAUCCUAUGAGAUAAAAAGUUCUCUUCCUAUUCCAACAUGAGGAAAUAAAUGGUAACCACUCCAAGACUGAGAUAUUUUCUUCCUCUUUCCAAGGCAAAUUGACAGUUUGCAUCCUACGGAUCCAUAGCCUCUGUCAUAACACCACCUUUUUCUCUUUGCGAUUGGAGUAUUGUUGUUUGAGAAGCAGUGGUUGUGAAUCUCUUGCAACCUGAUGAUAGAAACAAGAUUGGGUCUUUCUCUCUCUCUCGAAGCACAGAGUUCUCUGCCCUUGCAAAUCUAACCAGUCUUGUAGCCUUUGAAGUUCUCUUCCCAGUAUGAGAAGAAUCUAAAGUGCAGUUAGAUUAUUUUGGCUAAGAGUAAAUGCCGCCUGAGAAGUAGUUGCAUGUGGAAUUGAUGCCAACUGUGAAACACUGUAGCCUGAGUUGAUGAAACCACCAAAGCUUCUGAAGGGGAUAACAUGAUCCUGAGUUGUGUUGGUGGAUCUUGAAUCACCUGUAGAAAACACCCAAUGAACUUUUGCACAGGAAGCAUUUCUUCAUCACAGAAACACUAAGACAUUAACAUGUACCAUAAAACACCACAACUUAGUAAGGUAUGUUAGCAUCCUUUCCUUUGUAUUGAGAUAAUGGAUCAUUUAAGUAUAUUGUUCCCAUCGUGGUUUAGGAAGACAAAUUACAUACUUACACAAACAUCCCCCCCUCCCCCCAAAAAAAUCACAGAGCCAGGAAAAGCUUAUUGGUUCAUUUAUUAGAAAAAAAA